AUGCCACCUAUCUCCUUGCGCGUCCUUCUAGAAGAACCAUUCGGUCCUUACAUGGACUCUGAUGUCCUCACGGAGGCCUGCAAGAGUGUGCCGAAGAGUGUCCUAUGCCUGGAUCUCCUCAUGCUGGAAUGCAGAGGGAAGCCUAUAGGGCUCACGCAAUGCGAGUUGUCCCAACCAGAAUUUGACAAGGAACGCGUUACUGGCAAUGACGCUGUUCGUUUCCGAGGAACACUCAGGAUAUCGCAACUGCGCUGGUUGACUGCAAAGGCCAUCAAACAACUGAACAAUGACAUCCGCAAUCGCGACGUCUCACUGCAUCUGAAUGAACGAAGUAGUAGACUGCCAGACAAAUCGCCGACUCUUGAAGAUAUCUACGCCAAUGCCUCAGGAUUCAAGAUCAAGAUAGUCAUUCAAGGUGUCAAAAACAUGUCUGCUGUGUACCUCAUGAAUAAGAUGGUGCCAAACGGCUUGUACAUGAAGAGCUUCUUCCCAUUGAGGAACCGAGACUACGAAGUGAGAUCCAUGGAGGCCAUCACCUAUCACCAUAGUCGCAAGUAUCUUGCGAGAUACCGUGCUCUUCAUGUGCUCGAAGAACUCAUCAAAAUCGACCGAUCUUUGGCUUCCUCCGGCGGUGACAGUCCUGCAUCACCAUUUGAGCGUUUAACACCGGAAUGGUUCUGCGCACUCUACAAAGAGCACAUGGCUAAAUCCGCCCCACCACGCGUCCGGCGCAAAGUCUACGAUUCAGACGACAGUGACAUAGAGCCUGACACGGGCGGGCGCAUGAAGGCUGGCCGGGAGCAUGUUCUGCGGCAUGUUCCUGAAGCAGAGAUAUAUUCUUUGCUUGCAGCACACGCGGAAUGGAUCUUGGACCAAGAAAAGCAGAGAAUGAGGAAAACACUUGAUAUAGAGGUGUGGACGGCAUGGGUGCGGAAAGCGCGCGGAGCGAGACUGGCUGCUCAAAAAGAAGGCGUCAGAUGGGGCAAGUGGGACGAUGUGGAUCGAGACGACGGUUCCGAUGGUGAUGCUUAUGAUGAAGUACCUCCGGAGAGGCUUCCACAGCGGCGAAAGACCAAGCCGAAGUCUGGCUUAUCAAGCCGACGACAGGGCAAUUUGACAGCUGCAGGUUCGCACCCACAGGUUCCCCUUGGCAAUGAGGGAGUCGAUGUAGAAAAUCUUGAUGCCAGCACUCUCGUCCACUACGACUCCGACUUCUCUCCGCCGUCAACACCUCCCGCAUCCCCCUCCAGCUCAGAAGCCUCCCUGCCCUCCCGGUCCAGUACACCGUACAAUCCAGAGAUCAUUGCCCUUAUCCCUGCUGCCCUCUAUCACCGGCCCAUGCUCCCGUCAACUGACUUCACUUGGAUUUGCCCAAUCGACGACUGCUACUACGAGAUCCAACUUCUGGAUCUGACGGACGAGAACUGCAAAGGGCUGGUCGCCGACGAUACGAGACGACUGAAGACUCACAAAUGGCACCUUCGUGAAGAAUGGGUGCAAAGCUGCUUCUAUCGGAUGGUCUCCGUACAUUUUGAGGAACAUCUGACAAAUCUGGGCAUUACCAUGAUUAGAGAGAAUAACAUGCCGAAGUUCGUAUGGAUGAAUCCAGCACGUCAUAAGCCCUGGCCGCCUAGCCAAAGGCAGUCAACAGUGAAACAGGAAGAGGAGAACUGA